CUAAAAUAUGAAAAAUAGUAUUAAUAGACCCGGCUCUUGCUUUUGUAUGUGGUCUUUCUCUUUGAACUUCCAAUUUAUCUCUUAACCAACCAAAACACGAUUCCAUAAAUUUUCCCGAGAAAAAUCUAAAAUUUCUCCAAAGAAAAAAAAAAAAAAAAAAAAAAAAAAAAACAAAGAGAAGAAUUGAAGUUGAGUCGAGCUCCGAUCCCCUCGCCCCGCCUCUCUAAAGCCCUAUCCCAGCGCGAGUUAGGGUUUGGGAUUGGAGUCGACGAUGUAUAGCAAUUUCAGGGAGCAAGCGAUUGAGUACGUGAAACAGGCCGUUCAGGAAGACAAUGCUGGGAAUUACGCAAAGGCCUUCCCUUUGUACAUGAACGCCUUGGAGUAUUUCAGAACCCACUUGAAGUACGAAAAGAAUCCUAAGAUCAAAGAGGCCAUCACCCAGAAGUUCACCGGAUAUUUGCGCCGCGCCGAGGAGAUCCGAGCCGUGCUCGAUGAUGGAGGUCCCGGAACCGGCUCCAAUGGUGAUGCGGCGGUGGCGACGCGGCCGAAGACCAAGCCCAAGGACGGGGAUGGUGGAGAUGGGGAGGAUCCAGAGCAGGCCAAGUUGCGGGCGGGGCUCAAUUCGGCCAUUAUUAGGGAAAAACCCAAUGUGAAGUGGAACGAUGUGGCCGGCUUGGAGAGCGCAAAGCAGGCAUUACAGGAGGCUGUCAUAUUACCUGUGAAGUUUCCGCAAUUCUUUACAGGGAAAAGACGACCAUGGAGAGCUUUUCUUUUGUAUGGGCCACCUGGAACUGGGAAGUCAUACUUGGCCAAAGCCGUUGCAACUGAAGCAGAUUCCACAUUUUUCAGUGUUUCAUCUUCAGACCUGGUUUCGAAGUGGAUGGGUGAAAGUGAAAAGCUAGUUUCUAAUCUUUUUCAAAUGGCACGCGAAAGUGCUCCAUCCAUAAUCUUUGUUGAUGAAAUAGAUUCCUUAUGUGGUCAUCGUGGAGAGGGCAAUGAGAGUGAAGCUUCUAGACGUAUUAAGACUGAACUGCUUGUGCAGAUGCAGGGUGUUGGACAUAAUGAUCAGAAAGUUCUUGUUCUUGCUGCAACAAAUACUCCCUAUGCUCUAGACCAGGCCAUCCGGAGGCGUUUUGAUAAGCGUAUAUAUAUUCCUCUUCCAGAUUUGAAGGCUCGGCAGCAUAUGUUCAAAGUGCAUCUAGGAGAUACUCCUCACAAUUUGGCAGAAAGUGAUUUUGAAAUCUUAGCUCGCAAGACAGAAGGCUUUUCUGGAUCUGAUAUUUCUGUUUGUGUUAAAGAUGUUCUAUUUGAACCUGUUCGUAAAACCCAAGAUGCCAUGUUCUUUGUUAAGACUAAUGAUAUGUGGGUGCCAUGUGGACCAAAGCAACAUAAUGCUGUCCAAAUCACCAUGCAGGAGCUGGCAACACAAGGCCUUGCUUCAAAGAUCCUUCCACCUCCUAUCUCGAGAACAGAUUUUGAUAAGGUGCUUGCCAGACAGAGGCCUACAGUGAGCAAAGCUGACUUAGACGUCCAUGAGAGAUUCACAAAGGAGUUUGGAGAGGAAGGCUGAUGAGUUUCUCUGUGAUUAUAUCACAUGGAUCCAUGCUUGUAAGCAACGAUCACCUGUGUUUAUAAGUUGCUGCUGGAUCUAAUGAAUUAUUUACUCAUUAGCUUCUUCAAAUGGGGAAGGCGACAUCACUUCCCUUUCCUGUAUUGAAAUGAAAUACUGAGAAUUUGAUACUUGUUGGACUGCUUGUUUCAAAAAUUGUGUAAAGUAGAGUUCACAAAAAUAUAUUCCAAAUUGUUGAUGCAUUGACGAUA